AUGCGAUCUACCGCUAUCAGGUCAGCAAACGCUCAAACACCAGCAGACCUGAGUCGUGAUAUCGAGUUUGAGGCAAUGAAAGCACAACUUCGCCAGAUCACUUCAAAGAUCCAUCAGGCAACAAGUGCUGCACCAGAGAUCGACCGAGUCAUUCAAGAAACACAGAAGACACCCUUCACCCCGCGCGUAGCUAGUCUGCCCGUUAGACACCUGGAGAAGCUCAAGAUCAAAAUCUAUGAAGGCAAAACCAACCCCCAAUUCCUGACCUCGUUCGGGAUCUGCAUGAACCGGUACCAGUUCAGGCCAGCCGAGGAAAAAGACGCGGUCCAGUGCCAGCUGUUUGUACAGAUUUUGGGCGGGAUUGCCCUCGACUGGUUCUCACAGCUCGAGGCAAACUCGAUAAACAAUUACAAGGAGCUAACCACGGCUUUCGUCAAGCACUUUUCCAUGUUUAUUGGACAGAACACCAAGAACUCCGAGCUGUGGCAGAUAACUCAAGGUGCAAACGAGAGCCUUCGCGACUUCAUCCACCGCUUCAAGACAAUAGUCGCCCACUGCACGAUCAGUGACGAAGCUGCUCUGUCUACAGAAGGGAGCUCGAAUAAAGACAAGCUUCCGAAGCCAAUCAAACACAACCCUCCGCAAACCUUGGAGGACGCAUUACACCGAGCUAAUACAUAUAUCGUGGAAGAGGAGGAGGAAGCAGCCCACGAGCAAAGCUACACCGCAAAACAUCCCGAAAGACCUAAGACCAACACUUACGAGCCCCAAUCAGGUUACGGUAGAGGGUAUGAGAAUCGCAAAAAAUUCUACGCCAACGCAAUCCAACAGCCGACCAAACAAUAG